AUGUGGACUACAACCUCCGGCUUACGGGGCAAGAAGCUCCAUUUAGCCAUCACCUUCACUUCGGUCAUUGGAUUCUCCCUGUUCGGUUAUGAUCAGGGAUUGAUGUCUGGAAUUAUCUCCGGUGACCAGUUCACGAAGGAAUUCCCUCCUCUCGCCAUUCCCGAUGGCAGCAGCCAGUCUUACUCUGCUCAUGUCUCCGUCCUCCGUGGUGCUGUCACCGCUUGUUACGAACUAGGUUGUUUCUUCGGUGCCAUCUUCACCCUCAUUUGGGGUGAACGGAUUGGCCGCACCCCUCUCCUGGUCUCGGGAGGUAUUCUCAUGAUUAUCGGCACUGUCAUCUCCACGGCUGCUUUCGGCCCCCAAUGGGGUCUAGGGCAGUUCGUCGUGGGACGUGUCAUUUCAGGUCUUGGAAACGGCAUGGAUACGGCCACGAUUCCCGUGUGGCAGUCCGAAUGUUCGCGUGCGCAUAACCGUGGUUUCCUCGUUUGCUUCGAGGGUGCUAUUAUUGCCGUCGGUACUUUCGUCGCCUACUGGAUUGAUUUCGGUCUCUCGUACGUGGAUAGCUCGGUUCAAUGGCGAUUCCCCGUCGCCUUCCAGAUCCUGUUUGCUAUCUGUGUUACCGUUGGCGCUAUGAUGCUCCCGGAAUCUCCUCGCUGGUUUGUGAUGCGAGGACACGAUCAGGAGGCGCUAGAGGUCUUAGCUCAUCUCAACGACAGCACCGUCGAUGCCGAGGAUGUGCUCACCGAUUUCAACCUAAUGAAGGCCGAUCUCAAGGCCUCCCAGGGCAACAAGGCGAGCUGGAGAGAGCUCUUCAAAUUCGGCAAGACUCAGGAGUUCCAACGUAUGAUGAUUGGUUGCUCUGGCCAGUUCUUCCAGCAGUUCACUGGCUGCAAUGCUGCUAUCUACUAUUCGACCCUACUCUUCGAGCAGAACCUUAACAUGGAGCACCGUCUCUCCUUGGUUCUUGGAGGAGUUUUCGCCACAGUCUACGCCCUGGCCACUAUUCCCUCGUUCUUCAUGGUUGAGAAGGUCGGCCGUCGCAAUCUCUUCUUGAUCGGGUUCCUCGGUCAAGGUCUCAGUUUCAUCAUCACUAUGGCCUGCUUGGUCACUGGCAACGACGAGAACGCCAAGGGUGCUGUUGUGGGUAUCUUCCUAUUUAUCUGCUUCUUCGCCUUUACCACGCUGCCUUUGCCUUGGAUCUACCCUCCCGAGAUCAACCCCCUCCGCACUCGUACCAUGGCAGCUGCUGCGUCAACUUGCACCAACUGGAUCUGUAACUUUGCCGUCGUCAUGUUUACCCCCGUGUUCUCCGACCAAAGUGGUUGGGGUAUCUACCUCUUCUUUGCGCUGGUCAACUUCGUCGCUAUUCCAUUCGCCUGGUUCUUCUACGCUGAAACUGCCGGUCGUGACUUGGAAGAGAUUGAUCUUAUCUUCGCCAAGGCCCACAUUGAGAAGAAGUGGCCCUACCAGAUCGCGAACAGCAUGCCUAAGCUCACUGUUGAGCAGAUUGCUCAGAUGCAGAUCGAGGUCGGCCUGGCUGUUCCCGAUCACCAGUUCGCGUCUGAGGCUGAGAAGGCUGAGAUCGCUAUGAGCAGCGGAGAGAGUGACGAGAAGCACGCCUCCGAUUAA